UCUCUCUCUCUCUCUCUGAAACGUAUACGGAGUAGAAGUGUUUGAAUAAUGGACUGUAAACGUCAGGGUCCGAAGCAGGGGGAUAUCAGAAAGCUUGUUUUGCUUUGCCACUGCUUCUUCUUCUCCUAUAUAUAAGCAACCCAAGCUCGUCUCGUUUAUGCUCGCAUUUCUUCUUUAACUCUCGCUUUUGUUCGGAGAUUCUUGAGAUUCCCCGGAAAAAAUGAAGUACCGGAAGCUGUGUUUGCCGGCGGUGGCGAUGAAGCACUUGCUGGCGGUCUCGGUGGCGCUGAAUGUGGCGUUGGUACUUAAGCUGAUGCAUGGCGGAGAUGAGGGGGUUGGGUGGCUAAAGGCGGAGGAGACGCUGGCCGGACCUCCAAAAAAGGCACUUCAGGAGAUGAGUUCUUCUGGGGGAGUAAAUGGUGUGCAGAAUAACUUUGAAAGUGGUUUGCAAGAACUCUACAUCAAUCUUGACCAUGGAGAUCCAACCAUGUACGAGAGUUACUGGAAGCAGUCGGGAGACAAGACCACAGUUGUGUUAUCUGGUUGGCGAUCGAUUAGUUAUUUUUCAGAUACUAGAAACCUUUGCUGGUUUUUGGAGCCAGAUUUUGCAAAUGCGGUGACUAGAUUGCACAAUCUAGUUGGAAAUGCUGCCACGGAGAACUAUCAUAUCGUUGUUGGAACGGGAUCUACUCAACUAUAUCAGGCUGUAUUAUAUGCCCUAAGCCCACCCAACACGCCGGAACCGAUAAGCGUUGUAUCUGCUGCACCAUUUUAUUCGCAAUACCCGUUGACAACUGAUUGCUUGAAGUCUGGGCUCCAUAAGUGGGAAGGCGAUGCUAAUAAAUUCGACAAAAACGGGCCUUACAUAGAGCUUGUGACAUCCCCCAAUAAUCCCGAUGGAUCGAUAAGGCAAGCUGUUGUCAAUGGGACCGGAGUGUUAGUUCAUGACCUGGCGUAUUAUUGGCCACAAUACACUCCAAUCUCUUAUCGUGCAGACAAUGACAUAAUGCUUUUUACGGUCUCCAAAUGCACGGGACAUGCUGGGACUCGCCUUGGAUGGGCUCUUGUUAAAGACGAAGAAAUUGCAAAAAAGAUGACCAAAUUCAUUGAGAUAGUCAGCAUCGGUGUCUCAAAGGAAUCGCAGCUGCGAGCUGCAAAGAUUCUCGAUGUCAUUUCCGAUGGAUACGAGAAGAAAGAGAGCCACGAGGAAAACGAGCCCUUCUUUGAAUUCGGGUACAAGGAAAUAGGAAGGCGGUGGAGGCAGCUGAGAGCAGCCGCGGGAAAUGGCAAACCGUUCAGUUUACCAGAUUUCCCUACUGGGAAGUGCAACUUCAGCGGUCAUGAGUUUGAGACCCAACCAGCUUUCGCGUGGAUGGAAUGCAAGGGCGAGACAGACGAUUGCGAGGGCUUCCUUAGGGAGCACAAGAUCUUGACCAGAGGCGGGAAGCAUUUCGGGUCCAGGUCGAAGUAUGUGAGGCUUAGCAUGAUAGGUCGGGAAGAACAUUUCAAUGAAUUUAUACGUAGAUUGUCAGUAAUCAACUCUCUGGAUAGUCCUUUAACGAAAGAUUAGUGUUUUUCCAGUAGCCAGAUAGAUGACAUCUCUCCUCUAGGCUAAGUUAAGUAGUAAAGAGCAAAUGAGUAAAUCUUGCAUAUGUAUGGAAUACCUCACGUCGUCUGUUAUCUAUAAUCUAAUAGCAUACAUGGAUGUAUAUGUAUGUGGAAAAGUAAUGCUUCAUUGUGCACUUCAAUUUUUA